UGGUAUUGUGUAUGUUUUUUGAGUAUAUCUUUCAUGAGUAGAAACAUGACUAUACCUUCGAGACCAGCACCGCCCCCACCGCAGCGUAAUACGGCCAUUCCGAUGCGCUAUACACCGACGACGGAUUGGGAUGGCGUUUCAUUUGAUAGCAUGUCAACCGGCACGUCGGCACAAAUGGCGGGUUCUAGUAAACAACUUCCACAAGUUUCAGCCCAACAUCAAAAUGUUAUGGUAAAAAAACCUCCACCUCCUAGACCACCACCACCAAAACUGGCCUCUAUUCCAAUUACUGCUGCACCGUUGAAAAAACCUGGCCAACCACAAUCGUUAAACCUUUUUUCGAGUUUAUUUGGCCAAAAGCGCGUUAACACUGGUGGCAGCACAUCAGGAAGCUCUGCAGCUUUGCAUCAAAAAUCCAGUCCCAUAUUUGGUUCCAUAAAAUCGUCGCCUCCGUCCGAGUCUUCAACAACGUUUGUUGCAUCUUCGAAAACGGUUGGCAAAUUGAACAGUAAUUGCAGCAAUGGUAGAGGAACUGGAAUCAUCGGGUCGCCUGCAGCGACUAUUAGAGGGGUGGAGAUGCAGCUUAUAAACUUUGAUUCACCACCCAGUUCACCAACGUUUACACAGAAGUCUUGUAGUGAUUGCAUAAGUGUUGAAAGUUUUAGCUCGGAUUCAAAUUACUCUUGUCCAAAUAAUGGUAAUAUUUCUCAAACUGAGAGUGGCUUCGAGGAUGAUUUUGUAGUAGCAUGCGAAAGUAAUUACAGCAGCAUAGGCACACCGGUGGAUCCUUUUGAAGCAAAUCCUCAAACUGUGCCGAUGAUCGUGAGCGGUUCCACAUCGACGACGGGAUGGGCUCAAAUUCGUGCUCCGCUAGUUAACAGUAAAAUACAGCAGAGUGAUUUUGUCGAUCCAUUAUGUAAUGGUCAAACUGUGAAGCUGUCACAAGAACCAAUGAAUUCUUUUCCGACUAUUAUCAAACCACUGCUCCCUAGCAACAAUUUCGUCGGAUCGGAAAGUCGAAAAAGCCCACCGAUGCCUAGUAUAGCUCCACCGCCUCCACCAGCUUUACCGACGUCGGGGACAAAUUUUGAAGAGGCGUAUGGAAUCGCACUGUAUGAUUUCUUCAGCGAAACUGUGAAUGAUCUUAAUUUCAAGGCGAAUGAAAAGAUUUAUCUUCUUGGGCGUAUCAACAGUGAAUGGUACGUGGGUCGCGACAAACGUGGGCUUGAAGGAAUGUUUCCUGCUAAUUACAUUGAGGUAAAAGUACCACUUGGCGGUAAUGACGGUUUCACAAAUGGUGCAGUCGCACGAGCAUUGUACGAUUUCAAAGCGGAAACUCCGGAUGACCUUACACUAAAGCGAUAUGAUUUGAUUACGGUUCUGCAUCAAAUUUCACCGGAAUGGCUCUACGGUGAAAUUAAUGGCAAAAGAGGGCAAUUUCCAGCCAAUUAUAUCGAUCACGUGCCACCACAUUUAUCUCAGGUCUAGCGAAUCUCACGAGCUCAUCAACAGCUGCAACAGCUGUGUCUAGAAUUAAAAAUUACUAUACAAUGUACGUUUCUAAAUCGGUUUUAAAAACCUUCGCAAACAAAUCUUAUAACUAAAACGACAAGCACGACAUUGUACGAAGGAGAACUGAGCAAGUGGUGUAACUUAACCACUGUUUGCUACAAUAAAUUUAUAUAUCUAUGUAUUUUUAAAU